CUUUUGUAAGCUGACAUGAAGUAGAUAGACCCUCUGAAGUUUUGUGCAUGCUGUGCUUCUUCUCCCCCACCCGCCUUGCUGCAACAAGAAAAGCCUUUUCUUUUAACCUGGCUUCCUUUGAAGAAGUGACUCGGGCAGCUUCAUGGCCUCUCAAGAUCCUCAAGGACAAAUAAACAAAAUAUUUCAGGAUUAUCUCCCGGGUUCUCCAGACCUUCCUAGCCAAAGUAAACCUAUUGAACCUACAGAAGCCUGGAAACAUGUACAACCUCCUCACAUCUUGCCUCCUGGUCUGGAAUACCUGAGCCAGCUGGACCAGAUAAUCAUUCACCAGCAGGUGGAGCUUCUUGAAGUCAUACUUGGUACGGAGACCUGCAGCAAAUAUGAGAUAAAAAACCAUUUGGGACAAAGAGUUUACUUUGCAAUGGAAGAAAAUGGUUGCUUUGAUCGUAACUUCUGUUCAUCUUUACGAUCUUUCACGAUAAGAAUUACUGAUAACACUGGUCGAGAGGUGAUCACAGUGAAUAGACCCUUGAGAUGUAACAGCUGCUGGUUCCCUUGCUACAUGCAAGAGUUAGAAGUUCAGUCCCCUCCUGGUACAAUAGUCGGCUACGUUGUCCAGAACUGGGACCCUCUGCUGCCUAAAUUCACUAUACUGAAUGAGAGCAAAGAAGACGUAUUGAAAAAAAUUGGCCCCUAUGCAACAUGCAGCUGUUUUGGAGAUGUAGACUUUGAGGUAAAAACUCUUCAUGAAAUGUCAACAAUUGGCAAGAUUUCCAAAUAUUGGUCUGGGUUCGUAAACAAUGUUUUUACCAAUGCUGCUAACUUUGGGAUCCAGGUUCCUGUAGAUCUUGACGUGAAAAUCAAGGCUAUAAUAAUUGGAGCUUGUUUCCUCAUAGAUUUAAUGUUCUUUGAGAACUCAUUGGAUGGAUUAUAACAAGCAAGAUGACAGAAACAAUAAAAUAUGCAGAAUGUGUUUCAAGCAUGAUCUUCACCAGGGACAGCUUCAACCUGCAAUUGAUUUCUAGCCCUUUGAAGAGAAUGGUUUUACUUUGUUUGCUGUUUGAUAUUAAACCUUGGACACAAG